AUGUUGGUGCAUGUGCCACAGAUCCGCUCAAAAAAUAGUCCUUUGAUUUCAUCCGUUUUUGCCAUGCGCCAAGCGUGUGCUGGUGUUCAGAUCGCUGUGUUGUGCAUUUGUUAUUGCUUUGCCGGCCGCUGCAAUCCUGAGCAGUGCAAGAGUCUGGCACCACUACUUCAGAAUUGCGAAAGCGAUGGACACUCUGGUGGAGGAGACAACAUCGUGAUAUUCUGUACAGGGAGCUUGGGCAAACUUGCAAUGAGGGUCGCUUUGGUGGAGGACAUUGCCAACGCAAUGAAUGACGGAAUGUGGUUGGUAGAAGCCAGCAGUUUGGCUAAAGCUCUUCAUCGCGGCAGUGAUAGGAUCCAGUCCUUCAUCGUGCCGAAGUUCCGUGAAGGGUUGCGUAAAGUCUGGGUGCUGCGAAUCAUCAGUGCCAGAGAGUACCGUGGAGGCAUGCAGUGGCGAGACGAGUUUUCAUGGAAGAAAAUGAUAUUUCCUCCUGCGUCGUCGCUGUCCGGAUGUCUAGCAUGUUUGCAAAUAUCCUCCACAGUGCCAGUGCUGACCGAAAGCGGACAUCGCGUGGCGAACCUGAAUGGGUCGGUCCAAAUCGGACUCGACCUUAUGAAAGCUGUCGAUGGGUCCUUCAAACACCUUUGUAAGGCGUUGACAGUCCAAGCUGUCUCCACGAUCUUGGUGGGAUACCAUUUGGACAUUGCCACCAUGGCGGACUCGGGGCACUAUCACGAUGCACACGAAGGGAAUGUGCUCCUUUCUUUUUCUGGCUCCGAUCUUCCAGAGAUUCGAUGGCAUGACUUUGCGGGAAGCUACAGCGGUUUCAGGCCUGGGAGCGAGUCGCUCGAACAAGCCCUGGCAACUGACUUUGCGCAGAAGCUUGAGAGCUUCUCCACCACGGCGAUCGGCCACAUCGAGGAAACACACCAAGAAUUUGCCACAAGACUAAAUGCGUCCCGAGAGAGGUGUAGGUUGCUUGGGCAACCGAUUAUACAAAUACGGGUGUGUCUGCGAGCACGUGCUUUCAGCUUCGUGGAAACUAUACUGAAUGCGGGUGCCAGUGCCAUGGACAGUUCGGCCCGGCGAAAGCUUUUGGAAAGAGUUUCGCAUGGAAUGAACGAUUUCUCCCGAACCGAGCUGUGGAGACAGUUCAUUGAAGGCAUGGCCUCAACGUCAUCCGUCCUGUGGGUGCGGAAACUGAUCCGCAAGGACGACAGCGGCACCGUCGCCGAGGAUCCCGAGGAACCUAGUUUCAAGCUGAAGGGUAAGGACCACGCCCUUGAAGACGUAGACGACCUCAAGAAGGCCAUCAAGAAGGAGAAGCCCAAUGCGCUCAAGGGCGUGGACGCAGACCGACUUCUCAUUUACGAGCGGGAGGGCGGCGGCUGGAAGCGCAUAACAGAAAUGUCCACUCCUUUACGCCAGACUGGCGAGCACGACUGCUACGGCUACCUGCCGCCGGGC